AUGGCAGGCAAAAGAAAGCGCGUAGCCAAGGAGAACGGCGGCGCUGCCGUUAAUGGUCAUAAAAAGGCCAAGAACGAUACCAAUGCAACCUCCAAAUCGACAACCGCCAUCUUCGAAAAGCGACCGUUUGUCGAGCACCCGGUUGGCGAAGAACGACGACGAGAAGCUACACUGUACGAUCUUUUGGCUAGCGAGGAUGAAAACCAGAGAAUCUCCGCGGCCGACUGUAUUAUAUCUAGCCUUGUCGGCAAAGAAAAGGUUCCCGAGUCCGUACUCGAACGCCAUCUUGAGCGUCGCCUGUUCCGUGGACUUGCCAGCGGUCGCAAUGCUGCCCGACUUGGCUUCAGUCUCGUCAUAACGGAGCUGGUCACCCAGCUGUUUGGGGAGCAGGCUCUGGCUGCGGCGCACUAUCCUGGGCUCACCUUCCAGAAGGCUGUCCGCAUCCUGAUGGACAAGACGCAGCCGGUCGGCAACAUCCCCGGCCAGGAGGAACGAGACCACUACCUGGGCCAGCUCUUCGGCCUCGAGUGCUUUGUGAGCUCCCGCGUCAUCUUUAGCGAGCCGACACGAUGGAACAUGGUGCUGGAUCUGCUGCUCAAGAUUGCGCAAAAAAAGGUCUGGCUGCGCUCCCAGUGCGGCUGGGUCAUUGUACAAGCCCUGCAGCAGAUGGACCAGAAGUCCGCCGCGACGACGCUGCAGCAGAUUGCAGAUGCGAACAUGGCCAAGACUGCGGAUGGUGUUGCUUUCUGGAUCACCGCCAUGAGCAGGUACCCCGACAUCAAGGUCAAGCCCUGGCGACACCCGCUUGCAAGCAAGACCCUAGGCGAUCUCGCCGCGGUGCUCAGAGAGAACUUCAACGAAUCGAGCAAGGAUGCCAAUGAAAAGAAGGGAAAUGCCCCGAAGCAAGCGAAUUGGACGGCCCAACUGCACUUUGUCUGGGAUAUCAUCCUGGCAUACUAUGCAGGCGAGGGCGUCAAAGCCGACGAGCUUGAUCAAUUUUGGCAACGAGUCGUAGAUGAUGGUUUCUUUUCCAAAAACGCCACAGACGGUCAAAAGUUCAAAGGUUUCAUGGUAUUCCAAAAGAUGCUCGAGGAACUGGUGGAUCAAAAGUCCAAGGUCGCCAAGCUCUUUUCCAAGAAUUUAUUAAGCUGUAUGAUGAACCAAGCCGCCAAAGAGGACCGAUAUCUACACAGAGCCGCCGUCAAGGCCCUGAAGGCUAUCGAGAACACCGUGGCAGCACACCCUAAAAGCCUCACCACUGUUCUUCGCAAUCUGCUUACAGGUAACGGCGUCUACACCUUUGACCAGCGCACGUCUUCCAAGACCAUCGACCGUCUGCUGCAAAAUUCCAGCGCCAUCAGCGAAAAGAAGAUUCUCGAAGUUCUGCAACUACCAAUCCCGUCCCUGGCAAGCCAAGAAGAGGCCCAAGCCAAGGCGAACCUGAGAGCAUACGUCGAGUAUCUGUCCAAGGUUCUUAAUGCAUCUGCCUCAGCUGGUUCAGAGAAAAACAGCGGCAAGGACUCAUUUGGUUUAUACCUGCAAGAACUGUCGCGACUGGCGUACUCGCAACCUGAGGACAUUCCUUCUGAGCUGCUCACAGACCAGAUUCGUGAACUGUGCCGGUCAAGACUCGAGUCGUCGCUGUCCAAACUUACACGCCGCGCAGAUGACUUUUCCGGGCUGUGCAAUGCCAUCGCGGCCAUUGACCCUAGUUCGGUUGACAUGGACGACGACAUUAAGACGGCGGUUGACGAUGCUCUCAAACGCAUGCGCAGUCUGUUGAAGCGCAAAUCCAAGACUGAGGCGGCCAAGAACGUCAACGAAGCCUUGGCCACUCUCCAUGCCAUCUCUAUAUUCCAACUAUACAACGAAGAUCCCGAUGCCAUGGAGUCGCUCAAAGAUCUUGCGCAGUACGACGACAAGCUAAGAAAAGGUGACAAGACGGAAGGUGACUCGGAGCUACUUGUCGAGAUUCUGCUUGCUAUGGUUGUGCGCCCCUCAUCUCUGAUGCGUCAGGUUUCGCAACAAGUUUUUGAGGCCUUUAGCAGCCACAUUACCGCCGGCGGUCUUCAGCUACUCACCGACCCCCUGGCGUCCAAUGAGAGUAGCAAGGGCCAACAGGAGCUGUUUAACACUGAAGAUGAUGCCAUGCUCAUCGACGCAGACGCUUCAGAAGGCAGCGACGAUGAAAAUGUCAUCGAUUUGGACGAUGCAUCUGAUGUCGAGCUUGGCUCUGACGUCGAGUUUGUCAAUCUUGGCGACAAGGAAGAUGCUAGCGACGAUGACAGUGAGGACAGUGAUGAUGACGGGAAUGACGAGGAUGACGACGAAGAUGAGGAAGAUGACAAGGAUGGCGAGGAUCAAGAAGGCCCCAUUGACCUCGACGAGCUCUGCGCCAGCAUCCUCAAGAGCCACCGUCUCGACAAGGACAUUGACGCCCCAUCCUCCGACUCGGACGGCGACAUGUCCGACUCGGAGAUGAUGCAGCUCGACGAGAAGCUCGCCGAGGUCUUCAAGCAGCGCGUCAAGGCCAAGCCCGACUCCAAAAAGGACAAGAAGGACGCCAGGCAGUCCGUCGUCCAGUUCAAGCACCGCAUCCUCGACCUCGUCGACAUUUACGUCAAGGCCGAGGGCCAGCGCCUCAACCCGCUCGCCUACGCCCUGCUCGCGCCGCUCCUCAACCUCGUGCGCACCACCAGCACCAAGCCGCUGGCCAGCCGCGCGUGCGAAAUCAUCCUCAACUACCAAAAGGUGCUGAAAAAGGCCCGCAGCAGCAAAGCGGCCGGCGAUGACGAGGACGAGGACGAGGAGGAAGACUUGCUCCCGCUGCUCGUCGAGAUCCACGAGGCCGCGGGCCAGGACAAUGCGCACGCGUACAGCAAGGCCGCCAGCGCGGCGAGCCUCAUCGUCGCGGGCUCCAUGCUCGCCGGCGACCGCGAGUGCAUCAAGCAGAUUGCGGCCGUCUACGCCAACACGCAGAGCCGGUGGGUGCUGGGCGAGGUCCGCCUGCAGACGUCCUUCUUCGCCGACUGGAACAACUGGUGCCAGAACCACGCCGCGCAGGCCCGCGACAAGAAGGAGGCGGAGGAAAAGUAA